AUGGUUCGCGCGACCCUGGCCGGCCGUCUUUUGGCCGCUCUCCUUCUUGCAACCGGCGCUGCCGCGCAUGCUGAGGGAUGCAGUUGCUCUUCCGACGGUGUCCAGCGCGUCACCUACAUUGUGGUCGAGAUGCCCGAACAGCCCGAGCAAGUGGCGCCUGCAUCGACAUUGACUACCCUGUUGAUGCCGACGCCUACGGCCCAGCCACAUGUCAUCGAGGACAUAAUGUCUUUCGAGGCGGUUGUUGCCAAGCCCGAGCCCGAGGCGCUGCGUCCCGCCGUCAACACUACACACACUUUCGGUCCCUCCACCGCACCGGGCAUCGACACCAAGGACCCCAUCAACAUCGUCCCGGCCACCAACGUCUCGCUCCACUACUCGGCAGCCGAGACCGAGGAACAGGGUUCGAUCGACAUGACGCUCGCGUUCAAGAACCCGGCCGUGGUUCUCGAGCACGUCGACGCCGUCAAAGCGGUCGUUUGUGCAGACGACGAGCUCACCGUCGCCUUCUCCGACCUCGACGCCUUUAACAAGGCCGCCAAGGAUUGGUCCGAGUCGGAGGAGGGCUUCAUCCUCAUCACCAACCACAUGGGCAACUGCGACGCCGAGUUCGAGCGCGGCUUCUUCCUGGCUACCAGCCUAAAGUCGAACGAGGAUGAGCUGUCCAUCACCGUCGCUGCGUCAAAGGAGGAACUGACCAACAUCGCUGGAGCAUGCGAAAUGUCCUUCACCUCCCUCCCCGCCGCCACUUUAUCCAAGCGCCUCACGCUCGACCCUACUGUCUCGCUCUCCUUUGCCGAGGGGCUGGCCGACAACACGGUCCUCUACAGCGACGGCCAGUACGUGAACAUCACGGCCGACGAGGCCUGGUUCAGCUCCAGCAUCACCUUCUCUGGCUACCUCAAGUACAACUUCUGGGGCUUCAAGCUGGAAGCCCUCUACUUUGACCUCGAUACCACGUUCGAUUCCGCAGUAGGCCUCUCGGUGGACGUGGCCGCUUCCUACAGCCACUCCCUGAAGUACGCCCCGGACGCGCUGGCUUACUCCCUCGUCACCGUCCCGGGUGUGGUCCAGCUCGGCCCGGGCGUCGCGUUCGCGGUCGGCCUGGACUUUGACGUCUCAGCCGCGGUCGGCGUCACGGCUGGUCUAAGCGUGUCCCUCCCCGCGGGUAACGUGCACCUCGACCUCCUCCACAGCGACCAGUCGACUGCGACGGGCUGGGACCCCAAGUACAGCAGCCACGCCAACAUCACCGAGUCGGCCGAUGUGCACGUCGACACCUCGGCCGACCUCACCAUCCGGCUGGCGUUCGAGCUGAUGGGCGGCCUGGUGGACCUCAGCGCCGGCAUCACGGCGUCGCCGGGCUUCGACAACACGUUCAAGCUGCGCGGCGACCAGGAUCUGGCGCUGGCCGGCAACUUCACGAGCAAGCCCACAACGGCGAGCGCCGACGUGGCCAAGGACGGGUUGGUCUGUGCCGAACAGAACGGGGUCGAGUUGGCGACUGACUUCUACUUCAACCUGACCGGGUUCGCGACCAAGUGGUGGAGCGGCGAGCUGUACAGCACUCGCGUCCCUCUCUGGGAUGUGUGCUACAGCUUCUAA